AUGUCGCGCAUCGAAGAGCUUCCGGAUGACUUUGAUGAGUCUCUCAACCUCAAUGAAAUCCCUCCGGAGGCUGCGCAAGGCCCGCCACCAGAUCUGCCACAACCCGGGUUUGACGCUUUCGCCGCCUCCAAUGAAGCGCCCUUCCCUAUCAACGAAGAACGCCUAAAAGAAGUACAGAAUGACCCUUCCGCACCUCGCAUGCCGCCGACCAUGGCUUCGGUCAGAUCGCAUUCGAAGGACGAGCUCGUCAGUAUGAUGAACAAAACGCCGUUGUUCAUGACCGAUAUCGAAAACGCAGGCGAUGAAAAUGGCGAAAACGUGCUUCUUGAUGCCCUGACCGCACUGCAAAAUGAAGGUACCCGUGGUGAGGUCGCCCUGAGCUUCAAGGAGCAAGGCAACGAGGCGGUCCAAGAAUUACGAUGGAUCGAUGCGAAGGAAUUUUACACCAAGAGUAUUGCUGUAAUCUAUGCCAAAGAAGAUAAAUGGGAGAAACCUGAGGAUCCGGCUGCAGAGAAGGAAUUACUACGCCAGAUGGAGGAGUUGUCGCACAUCAACCGGGCACGAUGUAAUCUUGAACUCGGCAACUAUCGCUCCUGCACUCUCGAUUGUGCUGCUACCCUCAAGCUGAACCCCAACAAUAUCAAGGCCUAUUAUCGUUCUUCCAUGGCCUUAUUAAAAUUAGACAAAAUCCCUGAAGCCGAAGACUCGGCUGCUCGUGGUUUGGCCGUGGAUCCAGAGAACAAGUCCUUACAGGCUGCUGCGAAGCAAAUUGCCGAGCGCAAAGCUGCACUGGAGCGCGUUGCUGCAAAGAAAAGGGCAGAAGAAGAGCUAGCGCGGAAAAAGAACCUUGUUCUGAGCACUGCUCUGCGCGCGCGCCAGAUCAGAACCCGCAAAACAGGCCAGCCACCCGAGAUGGAAGAUGCAGGUAUUCGGUUGGUCCCUGACCCUCUUUCGCCUGAAAGCUCCGUGGAGUUUCCUGUCGUGUUUCUCUACCCUAUGGACGCCCAAUCCGACUUUAUCAAGGCGUUCUCGGAAUUGAAUACUAUUACGGAUCACCUCGAAUACAUUUUCCCUCUUCCAUGGGACACAAAGAAGGAAUACUCUAUUAACAAUGUGGAGUGCUUCAUGCAGACCGUAUCGGGUGGCCUCAUUAAAGCCGGCAAGAAGCUCCCCUUGCUGCAGAUCCUGUCGGGUGGAAAGGUUGAAGUGAUCGAUGAGUUGGUGCGGAUAUUCAUCGUACCAAAUGCGAAGACUGGUGCAUUCAUUGCUGAAAUGAAGGCGCGGAAGGAGGGCUGA